AUGAUGUCACCGGUGUCGGUGCCGGUCGUCACUGCGCUGAGCACCGUGCUGUGUCUCGUUGCUUCUGCUGUGCCUUUGGGGCAGCAGAAGACGUUUGGGCACGCGAUCAAGAACGGGAAUCUUCCUCCCAACACCGACGUCACCACCUUCGAGCACCGAUGCACGGUGCCCCCGUGUGUGAUCACCCACGUGAAUGUGCCGUCGAUCUAUCCAAAGGGAGGCGAUGCUUGGAACUGGACUCAAGGCCACGUGUUCUUCUUCGUGGAUGGUGAGAAACAGCCGAGCAUUUCCCUGACUUUGCUUGAGUUGGCAGGUGAAGGCCAUUGGAACCUGGCCGGAACCAAUGCCCAGUCUGGCGAUCAUAUGCCCGACGGCAGCCCGUGGGGAACUUCCUUGAUGGGCCGCACCGCCAAGUCCGGUGGUGUCUACUCCACCCUCCGAGUGCCUUUUGGCAAGUCCAUCCGAACGGCGAUCCGUGCGCCGGCGUCCGCCACGCAGGACUCCGUGUUCUGGUUCGUGAUCCGAGGCCUCGAGGCACAUGUGGUCAGGCUCGGAGAUCUCGAGUUGCCAGCAGCGGCGCGUUUGCGCCUGCACCGUCUAUCUCCCACAAAGCUCGAGAAGCUGCAGCUGGUGGACUUGGCGAGCUCACCGAAAGGAACGAGUGGGGCCCUGGUUCGUGUACAGCUGGAUGCCAGGAGUGGUAGUUUCGGCUUCUUGGAGGCUUGCAUGCGAUUCUUCCCAGACGGUGCAGGCGAGGAUGAGCCCAUCUUCCUGUCCAGCGGUGCUGAGGACUACUUUCUCGGUGCAUCCUACUUCGACGAAGGCAUGUUCAAAACCUCCCAAGCGGGUUUGACAUACUUCAACCGCAGCAGCUACACCCUGGCGGCUUACAAGACACAUAUUGAAGACCCUGUCCUUUGGAGGGAUGGUAUGCGCCUCCGAUUCCGCAACUGUGAGGACACGGAAGGCUGCGGAGACGUGAAUCACUGCCCCAACAAGUUCUGCAGCGCUGCAGCCAGCGAGAGCAGUGCUCGCAGCACAGAAGAGCUCCCAAGAGCAGGGGCUCAGCAUCUCAAGAGAGAGCGAGGCAGCGACGCGGGGGAUCUCGCAGAGUACUCCGCACUGGUCUUCAGCUAUGAGUGGCCCCGGGAGACCUCGAACUUCGACGACCGAAGGGCGAUGCAGGUCUCCGCUUUGCGAAACCUCGGAAAUUUGGUGUCCAAAGCAAAGCUCAACGAGGCUUUGGAGGACGCGGCCACGGAUCGGAUCUUGGAGGGUGAGGAAGGCGUCCUCAGUUUGCUCCUGGCCUUCUCCCAAGAUCUCUCUGAAGAAGCGGCGAAGAGACUGGCAAGGCAGCUUGCGAGACGGAUUCAACAGACCGAGAGGCUCACGCAGAUCUGA